GGUUCGAGAGCCCAAAAGCCCUCUGGGAGGCGUGGGAGAUGGAGCUCCUUCCUCUGCGAGCUCCACCAGCUCCUUGGAAGGCCGGCGGAGUAGCUUCACUUUGCAAGGUCCGAAAUGCAAGCGAUGUCCACGUCGCUAGCUUGAUUAAAUUCAACUCACAUGGAAGAGGUCGAAAGAGUUGCUUUGCGGUAUCUGCAUUACCUGAAACUGCUGCAUCGGUGGUAUUUGCUGCCAUGGCUGUGGGUGCUGCAGCAUCACUCCUUGCCAGAACAACCAAAGCUUCCGACACUGCCAAAGCAGAGCACUUGAAAACUUGUGAAGAUUGUGGUGGUUCCGGAAUCUGCACAGGGUGUAACGGAGAGGGGUUUAUCCUCAAGAAGAUGUCUGAGGAAAGUGCUGAAAGGGCCAGAUUGGCUGCAAAGAACAUGGCCACUCGUUACACCGCAGGACUUCCAAAGAAGUGGAGUUAUUGCUCAAGGUGUUUGUCUUCUCGGUCUUGUGCUACUUGUGGAGGGACAGGGAGAAUUAUCUGGUAAGAAAAAGACCGGUUGAAAGACGUAAUGGUGCUGCAUAACUUAUUGCAAGUGGCACAUCAUCAAUGCUUAUCUCUGUGUCAGCACGAAGAUUUCGACCAGUCGUCACGCUGUCAUCCUACAAUUGCGACUUGUUUGUCUUAUAACUAACAGACUGUAAUCAUGACCUAAUAUUCUGUUUUUUUCAUAAUGAAUGAGGUUCAACUUGGUUUUAUUUAAAUCAGUCUUGCUUGUGCACAUGCUCAAGCGUGCCGUUAGCGCUUCGAUUGUGGUUGCUUGUAAACUCAUUAUGAUAUAGUUUUGUUCAGUAAUUAUGCAAUCUGAUUUCCAAUCUUGUGAUCA